AUGGCGCGCACUAAGCAGACGGCGAGGAAAUCCACCGGUGGCAAAGCUCCGAGGAAGCAGCUGGCGACCAAGGCCGCCAGGAAGUCCGCCCCCGCCACCGGCGGUGUCAAGAAGCCACACCGCUUCCGCCCCGGCACGGUUGCGCUCAGGGAGAUCCGCAAGUACCAGAAGAGCACCGAGCUGCUGAUAAGGAAGCUCCCCUUCCAGAGGUUGGUCAGGGAGAUUGCACAGGACUUUAAGACGGACCUCCGGUUCCAGAGCUCCGCCGUCGCAGCCCUCCAGGAGGCGGCAGAGGCGUACCUGGUGGGUCUCUUCGAGGACACCAACCUCUGCGCUAUUCAUGCUAAGAGGGUCACCAUUAUGCCAAAGGAUAUCCAGCUGGCUAGGAGGAUCAGGGGAGAAAGGGCUUAG